UGGUUACAGAUUUACUUCGAACAAUGCCUGAUAUGUGGAGUAAAGUCCUCCUCCUUGGCUUUCGUAAAGUCAUCCCCUCUUCUCCUCAGGAACAGCUCAAACCUGUGCCCCAGAGAUGAGGGCCCAGGAGGACCCCGAGGGCCGGACACAGCAUGAAUCCACCAGGGACCCCCCGAUGCCCCUACCCACAGAGCCCAAGUUUGACAUGUUGUAUAAGAUCGAGGACGUGCCACCUUGGUACCUGUGCAUCCUGCUGGGCUUCCAGCACUACCUGACAUGCUUCAGUGGCACCAUCGCUGUGCCCUUCCUGCUGGCCGAGGCGCUGUGUGUGGGCCAUGACCAACACAUGGUCAGUCAGCUCAUUGGCACCAUCUUCACGUGCGUGGGCAUCACCACUCUCAUCCAGACCACCCUGGGCAUCCGGCUGCCUCUGUUCCAGGCCAGUGCCUUUGCAUUUCUGGUUCCAGCCAAAGCCAUAUUGGCUCUGGAGAGAUGGAAAUGCCCUCCGGAAGAGGAGAUCUACGGUAACUGGAGUCUGCCCCUGAAUACCUCUCAUAUCUGGCACCCACGGAUACGGGAGGUCCAGGGUGCAAUCAUGGUGUCCAGCGUGGUGGAGGUGGUGAUUGGCCUGCUGGGGCUGCCUGGGGCCCUGCUCAACUACAUUGGGCCUCUCACGGUCACCCCCACUGUCUCCCUCAUUGGCCUCUCUGUCUUCCAAGCUGCUGGCGACCGAGCUGGCUCCCACUGGGGCAUCUCAGCUUGCUCUAUUCUCCUGAUCAUCCUCUUCUCCCAGUACCUGCGCAACCUCACCUUCCUGCUGCCUGUCUACCGAUGGGGCAAGGGCCUCACUGUCCUCCGCAUCCAGAUCUUCAAAAUGUUUCCUAUCAUGCUGGCCAUCAUGACCGUGUGGCUGCUCUGCUAUGUCCUGACCUUGACGGACGUGCUGCCCACAGACCCAAAAGCCUAUGGCUUCCAGGCACGAACUGAUGCCCGUGGUGAUGUCAUGGCUAUUGCGCCCUGGAUCCGAAUCCCCUACCCCUGUCAGUGGGGCCUGCCCACAGUAACUGCGGCUGCUGUCCUGGGAAUGUUCAGUGCCACUCUAGCAGGCAUCAUUGAGUCCAUCGGAGAUUACUACGCCUGUGCGCGCCUGGCUGGUGCCCCACCCCCUCCAGUACAUUCUAUCAACAGAGGCAUCUUCACCGAAGGCAUUUGCUGCAUCAUCGCGGGGCUAUUGGGCACGGGCAACGGGUCCACCUCCUCCAGUCCCAACAUUGGCGUCCUGGGGAUUACCAAGGUGGGCAGCCGGCGCGUGGUGCAGUACGGUGCAGUUAUCAUGCUGGUCCUGGGCACUGUCGGCAAGUUCACGGCCCUCUUCGCCUCGCUCCCUGACCCCAUCCUGGGGGGCAUGUUCUGCACUCUCUUUGGCAUGAUUACAGCUGUGGGGCUGUCCAACCUGCAGUUCGUGGACAUGAACUCCUCUCGCAACCUCUUCGUGCUCGGAUUUUCCAUGUUCUUCGGGCUCACGCUGCCCAGUUACCUGGAGUCGAACCCUGGCGCCAUCAAUACAGGCAUUCUUGAAGUGGAUCAGAUUCUGACGGUGCUGCUGACCACGGAGAUGUUUGUGGGCGGGUGCCUUGCUUUCAUACUUGACAACACAGUGCCAGGGAGCCCAGAGGAGCGUGGUCUGACACAGUGGAAAGCUGGGGCUCAUGCCAACAGUGACACGUCUUCCAGCCUCAAGAGCUACGAUUUCCCCAUUGGGAUGGGCAUAGUAAAAAGAACUGCUUUUCUGAAAUACAUUCCUAUCUGCCCAGUCUUCAAAGGAUUUUCUUCAAGUUCAAAAGAUCAGUUUCCAAUUCCAGAAGACACUCCAGAAAAUACAGAAACUGCAUCUGUGUGCACCAAGGUCUAAAAAAUGACUUCCAGGAAAGGAAGCAUGGCAAAUAACAGGCAAAGAAAACUACAUGGCAAACAAGACCUAAGUCCAAAAUCCCAGCUCUACCCCUAACUUCUACGUAAAUUCAGAUAAGUCACUUUUCUCUGGGAUUCCUUUUUUUUUUUGCAUCAGAUAAAAAAAAAGGGGGCGAGGGGGGGGGCAAAGUCUGAGUCUUAGAGACUUGUGCCAAUGUUAUGCUAUGUCGCUAAAUCUUUACUCUCCUAAGCAGACUUGUCAGCAUCUAGGAAGAACAGCUAGAAAUUUUCCUCUGCGAUAUUUUAGAUUGCAAGUUGAUAAAAAUAAAAAGAAAUGAGGGCAGGUUCCAGGGCCUGAAAUGUAAGUAUGCUAGCAGGCUUUUACAAUGAAUUUGACCCUGUAUCACUUCAAGACUAACGCAUAGUAUUAAAUGUGAUGUUGGAGAAAUAA